CUCAGUUUAUUUAUCAUGGCACGACUUGUGAAGACUGCGUUUGAGAUCUUGCCGAAAUCUCAACGGAUUCCCCGGCAUUUCUCCACUUCAGUGCAUCCAGUGAAUCUCUCGUAUGAUGAGUAUCUGCCCAAGGAUCCCAAAACCGCCACCGGAGCUCCGCUCCUGAUCAUGCACGGCCUCUUUGGCUCGCGACAGAAUUGGCGAGGAAUCAGCAAACGACUCACGCAAGUGCUGAAUCCCAGUCGCCAGAUCUUCUCAGUGGACGCCCGGAACCACGGUCAGAGUCCUCACUCCCCUGACCACUCGUACAGCCACUUGGCGGAGGAUGUCAGGGCGCUGAUCAGGAGCAUUCCGGGGGCGCAGAGAGUGGCGCUGAUGGGCCACAGCAUGGGAGGACGCUGCAUGAUGUGCUUCGCCCUGAGAUACCCAGAACUGGUGGAGUCGGCGGUGAUUGUGGACAUUUCUCCGUUCUCCAGCGUCCACUUUGCCGGCAGUUUGGACGCCAUGAAGGACUUGCUGAAGACGCUGCAGCGCAUCUCCCUGGACGCCAGUCUCGCUCCGUCCGUGGCCAGGAAGCAGGUGGACGAGCAGAUCAGUGACAUCAUGCCGGACAAGGCGACGAGGGAUUUUAUCCUGCUCAACUUGUACAAAGACGAAUCUGGAUUUCAGUGGCGGUUCAACAUUCAGGGACUGCUGGAUAACGUGGAAACGUCCAUAGCUCAGUUUCCCGCUGAAAUGCUCGAGGGAAAAUUCGCGGGACCGACGCUUUUCAUCGGCGGCGCCGAUUCUCAGUACAUCAAUCCCAAAGAUCUGCCCAGGAUUCAACAGAGCUUUCCGCAAGCCCGACUGGAGUUUGUUGCGAAUGCCGGACAUUUGGUGCACGUGCAGAAGCCCAAUGAGUUUCUGGACUUGGUGACAAACUUCCUCAACACCUGAAUCCAGAGGCCGUUUCGAAAAAAACACUGUUUAGUAUAAAUUGUAAAGAGAGACAGAGAGAUUUGUGGAAAAAUGUAGUGCGAGAAGAGGGAAUUGAGUUGGCUUUUAUUGUGUGGCAUGCCAAUGUGAUUGGGUUUUGUGUGGAUGAAUUUAAUUUAUUGGGAUUCUUCAAAUUGAAUAAAGAUAUCGGAGCGCAGAGGGGAAAUGGAA